UGAAUUCUGCUGUAUAUUCAAACACCAUUAAUGAUCAGAGUGCUUCAAAAAAAAUUGGGAACAUUAUUAAUAUUGUUAAUGAUCAAAAUAAAUCGGCAGAAGAUCCAAGACCACCUAAGUUACUUCUAUUAAAGAUAGGUCAGAACCUUUCACAAAGCAAUCAUCAUGUCAAAGCACCUCCAAAAGUGUAUCAUUUGUUACCCAACUAUUAUACUAGUAUAAGUAUGCUAUUUUCGCAUCCUGAAGUUCAAAUUAUUAUCACUUGA